GAGAGAGAGAGACAGGCAGAGAAGGAGACAGAUACAGACAGAGAUGCAGAAAGACAGAUACAGAGAGAGAGACUGAUGAUGUGAAUGAAUGUUUUAGUUUGUUGUUGCUGCAUCCUGCAAACAUACGAGUAAGAUAUGCGCCUCGAACAUGUCCACUCGAGGGUGCCAGGGUUCGGACUCGCUCUUCAGGCCGCUGGAUGCCAUCCCUGAGGAGCGCAGGGAGCGGGUACAGCGCACCCAGAGUGGGUUCCAACCCUUCGAUAAGUGCACUAGCCAGGUGAAGAGGGUUCACUCGGAGAAUAACGCCUGCAUCAACGCCAAGAGCACCAGCGCCCCCGCCGAGUCUCCCAAACUCCGACGCCACUCCAGCCCCUCCUCUGUGAGUCCAACCAGUCCGAAGUUUGGUAAAGCUGAUUCUUAUGAGAAACUGGAGAAGCUGGGAGAGGGAUCGUACGCUACAGUGUACAAGGGCAAGAGCAAGGUUCAUGGGAAGCUGGUUGCUCUGAAGGUGAUUCGGUUGCAAGAAGAGGAAGGAACACCCUUCACCGCCAUCAGAGAGGCGUCUCUGCUGAAGGGUCUUAAACAUGUGAACAUCGUCCUGCUUCAUGACAUCAUUCACACCAAAGAGACGCUCACACUCGUCUUCGAAUACGUGUACACAGAUCUGGGUCAGUACAUGGUUAAACACCCUGGAGGGCUCCACCCUGAGAACGUCCGGCUUUUUCUGUUCCAGUUGUUGAGAGGACUGUCGUACAUCCAUCAGCGCUUCAUCCUGCACAGAGACCUCAAACCCCAAAACCUCCUGAUCAGUGAGAACGGAGAACUCAAACUGGCCGACUUUGGUUUAGCUCGUGCUAAAUCAGUACCCAGUCAUACGUACUCUAAUGAAGUGGUGACUCUGUGGUAUCGACCUCCUGAUGUUCUUCUAGGUUCUACUGAGUACUCCACCUGUCUGGAUAUGUGGGGUGUGGGCUGUAUCUUUAUCGAGAUGAUUCAGGGUGUGGCAGCGUUUCCUGGUAUGAAGGAUGUUCAGGAUCAGCUGGAGAGAAUCUUCCUGGUGCUGGGAACUCCAUCAGAGGAGACGUGGUGUGGUGUUCAAUCACUUCCUCACUACAGAGCAGAUCGGUUUCCUGUUUACAGUUCUAAAAAGCUCAGACAGGCCUGGAACAGGUUAGGUCAUGUGGAUCAUGCUGAGGAUUUAGCUUCUAGGUUCCUUCAGUGUUCUCCAAAAAAGCGACUUUCAGCUCAAACUGCACUGCAACACCAAUACUUCAGCACGCUAACCGCUAAACUGAGAGAGCUAACCGACAUGACGUCCAUCUUUAUUGUACAGAGUGUGAAACUGCAGACAGAAUCAAACAGCAACAACAAACCAAACACCACCAACCACUGACAGGUCUCUGAGCAGGAUGAGGAGGUGAUGUGAUGAAGAUCUUCUAAGCUUUUAUUGAUUGUUGUUCUCUGCUGUUGCUGCUGAUGUUCGGCUCUGUGCUUCAGUGUCACUACCAAACCAUGAACGAUUUCCCAUUAUAGGAUUAUACUGGUUAUUUACACACCAGUUCAUUCUCCAAACCAGAGCAGAUCACAGAAGUGUGGAUCAGACAUUCUAAUCAUUUAUCUUAUGCUUCUCAUCAUAAAAGCAAUGAAAGAGCGUGUACUGUUACUGAGCUUCCAUCAAUCAAUAUCACACAGUAACAUCUAAUAAUAACAUGAAAUCAUCUCAGCUAAUCAAUAAAUAAUAACAUCACCAAAAUCUUCCUCCUGAUGCAGAGGUUCUGUGUUCCAGUCCACUCGCCCCCACUGUGAAUCAGUGAAUCAGUGGGUUGUUCUGCUCUGUACAUCUGAGUCAGUUUUUAUGCUGGAUGUCCCUCCUGAAACAAUCCUCCCUCUGGUAUUCAGACUUGGGACCUGCACUGAGAGCUCACUGACAAGUGCGCCCCCUAAAGGCCAGGCUGUUUCAGCCUAUCACGUCUGUGUGGAUGCAUAACCGGCUGACAGCACUGCUGAGAUUUGAACCACAGAUCUCAGUGAAAGUGACUUUGACGCCACCUGAGUGCCCUAAUAAAUAAUAAUGAAAUUAAUAAAACAGAUGUGUCAUGUAGGGCUGUUGGCACGUCUGUCUUACAAACGUCUUAUUUAUCUCCACAUUUACACACAUCACGUCUUUAACCUCCAUCAUAAACACUCUUCAGUAACUGACCAGGAGGGUUCAUAUGGAGAUCCGUAUUGCGCAUGGAGAAUCAUGCACUAACCAUUAUUAUUCCUCGUCUCUGUGCAGCACCAUCAAUCUGCCAGCAUUAUAGGAAAUUAUGAGGAAUCCUUUCUGGUACUCGAACCCUCAGGCGAGCCGAUCGUCCGUGUAGCAGUGCUGAGAUUCGAACCCACAAGGUGGAGAUGUCAGUGCCGGGGUGCUAGUGUGUUUUGCUGCUGCACCUUACUGCUGUAUUUCUGAUUUGAUUUUUACAAUGUUAAAAGACGUGAUGUGUGUAAAUGUGGGAUUAGAUUCAAUAUUGAAAACUGAAGUGGUUUCAUACUGGUUUCCUCUAACUGUUACUGCUCUGUACUGGUGCUCUGUACUGGUUGUAACUCAUUUGAAUUUAAUUACAUACGUAUUUAUUUGCACUGAGACUCUUAUAAUGAAAUGAUUUCUUGGUUGAAUAACAUUAUUAUGAAUCUGUAACUGUUGUUGUUUUAUUGAAUAAAUGUUAUUAUACAGAAAUUGGUACCUGCACCUUUAAUGUCUAAAAAUUAAUCGUUAAUAAAUUAUAUCACAAUAU